UAGUCCCUAACACCGUCUUCAUCUGCAGAUAUUCUAGCUACACUGUGUAAUAUAUAUAUAUAUACUGUUUCCACCACAUUAACAUUUAGCUGCGCGCGUGUUUCUAGCACAUAAACUUCGGAUGGAUGACUGUGAAAACUGCAUACCUUGCGUCACUGAGUGUAACUCCCACACCCAUUCUCCUCAAGUCUUUCACCGUGGACUCGACUCGUAUCUUGGCCAUGUGCUAUGUGCCCAGAGACUCCUCCAGCCACCAGUCAUCUCCCCUCCAGAGCUCCAUGUCCUCCGCCAUCAUCGGAGCUCCUUCCCUCUCUGCCAACUCCGAGACAAUCUGGAUGGGUUCUCAGACUGGCAAACUCAUGAUCCACCCAACAUCCAAUGAGAUGGCUCAUAAGGUCAUGGAGGUCAUCAAUUUUGCUGGCCCUAUCACCUGCAUCGAGUAUUACAAGAACCAGGUGUUCAUAGCUGUUGAAGGCAAUGUCUACAUUUACAAGAGGCCGAAAGACUCAGCAUGGGACCUGGACAACCCAGUGGCUUUCCGGAUACACGAUGGAGAUGACCCCAUCAACUGCAUGUGUCAGGUGCAGCAGAAACUCUGGCUGGGAGCUGGGAACAGGUGCUACGUCUUCAACAUGGCCUCCAGCAGACGAGAGACUCAUGAUCCACCCAACAUCCAAUGAGAUGGCUCAUAAGGUCAUGGAGGUCAUCAAUUUAGCUGGCCUGCAUUGAGUAUUACAAGAACCAGGUGUUCAUAGCUGUUGAAGGCAAUGUCUACAUUUUCAAGAGGC